GCAACGGCAGCAUGGCAGGAGCGGACGGCGACGAGCUGCGGGCCGACCUCCACGAAGUCCUCGGCGGGGUCGUGGACGACGCAUCGUCCGAGCACGACGCGGGCUUCCACAUGUCCAAGAACCUCCAGAGCCUCCAGGCGCUGUACGACGGCGACAGCCACGGCUUUCUCCAUGCGCUGCAACUGGCGCUCAUCGGGCCGCUCAAGCACGACGGCCGCGGCCGGUCGGGCCAGGACAUUGAGCGCCUCCUUCGCAUCGUCAGCGCCGUGAAGUACUCGCCGGCGGACUUUGCGCGCUUGGUGCGGUUUGCGCUGCGCGGCUGCGAGGCCGAGGACCGCAACGUCCGCUGCCACAGCACGCAGCUCACGGGCCAUUUGCUCGGCCACGCUGCCGACAUCUCCGACGAACUCUGGGAAGACGUGGCCACGAUCCUGCUGCAGCGCGCGAAGGACAAGCUCCCAACCAUCCGCGCCGCAAGCGUCGUCGGCUUGCAGCUGCUGCAAAAGCUGUCGAUCGACGACGUCGACGCGAUCUCAAACGCAGUGUUGCGCCUCGCCGUGACCGACCCGAGCAAGGAGGUCCGCGUCGCCGCGACGGAGAAGGUCGCCGUGCGCAUGACGUCGAUCGGCGACCUCUUGAUCCGCGUCCGCGACAUCUCGCCCGAGGUGCGCGCGACCGUCUUCAACGUGCUGGCCACGGCCGACACACUCGUGAUUCUGUCGCCAUCCGACCGCGUGCACAUGCUGGACCAGGGCAUGAACGACCGCGACGAGAGCGUUGUCUCGGCGUGCCAGAACAUGGUGCUGGCGUGGCUCCGCGCCGCCCACGGGUCUCCCGUCGAGCUCUUGUCGCAGCUCACGAUCGAGAAGGCGCCGGCGGUGUGCUCGUCACUCUGUCGCUGGCUCCUCAAGCAGCACGCAGCCGACCUCUCGUCCCAGAACGUCAAGGACAAGGCGCUCUUUGGCAGCGCGCUUAGCGUCGCCGACGCCUUCUUCUGGAAGGAGCAGUGCCUCUACUAUCAAAGUAUCAAGAACGACGAGAUGCUCGAGCUGCUCUUGCCGAGUAUCUCGUCGUACUGCGACUUGCUCCGGCACCUCCACACCUCGCUCGUCGACGCGGUCGACGAACCCGAGAAGGACGAGCUGCUCGUCGUCGGGCAGUACGUGCUGCAGCUGGGCGUUGCCCUCGACUUUCAGGACGAGGUCGGGCGCCGCCAGCUCAUCCACCUUCUCCGAACGUUCUUCCAAACGGUGGCCUUCGAGUCCAAGUGGCUCCACGACGCAGUCAUGCUGCUCGCGAUGAUUUGCCGCUCGACCGAGUUUGAGUUUGUGCAAUACAUGACGGAGAUCACGAGCGAUCUCUACGACCUCAUGCAAGAGAUGGAAUCGAUGAGCCCCGAGACGCGGACGGAGCUCACCGAGCGCCUGGACGCCGUCGACGCGCAGAUCGACGACGAGUCGCUCUCGGCCGAGGCAUACGACGCCCUCUCGGCCGAAGCCCUCGCACUGGAGAAGCAGCUCGAGGAGCCCAAGACGCUCCAGUGGCUGCGCUGCCUCGAGCUCACGGCCAAGCUCCUCCAAUUCACGCGCCAGAAUCUGCGCAACGCGACGAUUGCCGGCGUGCUGCACAUGAUUUUGCCCGCGAUCGACAGCGACAUCCCCGCGCUCCGAGAGAAAGGCCUCGAAGGGCUCGGACUCUACUGCCUCCUCGACCGCCAAAUGGCGGCCAAGCACGCGAUCGUGUUUUGGCGCGUCCUCAACGCCGACGACGAAGACGGCGACUCGAAGCACGUGUGCAUCCAAGUGCUACUGGAUUUUUUCACGGCGUUCAAGCAGUUUGAAGUGCUUCCGGUCGUCGAGGACGAUGAGGUCGUCACGUCGCGCGUGAUCCUCGACGGGCUUGCGACCUAUUUUUGCGUCGACCAGCGCCAGUUGGACGAGUGGGACCUGCCGACGCAGACGCUCGUUGUCCGCGGCUUUAUCAAGCUCUUCCUCCUCGGUCGCAUCCAGGACCUCGAGACGUUGCAGCAUCUCUUGGAGCUCUACUUUCACCCGUUCCUUAAGGAGAUGGUCAUCUCGGACGAGCACGGCUUUUGCUCCGAGACGCUGCAGAUGCUCUCGGUGUUUUACCACGCGGCCGACUGCAAUCUCAUCAGCAGCGCGAGCCACCACGUCUUGUCGCGUGCGCUCUAUGGCGUGUCGGCGGUGCCGUUUGCGGAGGCGGCGCCGUACCUCUUGCAGCUGCUGCAGCACCCGCGCAUGGACGGCGCGUGCACUCGCAACCACCACAACAAGGUCGCGAUCUGGGUCUGCGUCGAGAUGCUCGCCUUGCACGAAGUCACCAACGUGAUCAAGCGCGCGUCCAAGAAACAGAUGCUCCACCAGUGGUGGACGCUGCUCCAGAACCUCGAGUGGUCGGUCGACGCGCCAGCCAACGACGACAACGACACGGAAGACGACGAUGACGCGCCGAUCGCACGCAAGCGAGACAAGGUCAAGGUCGAAGACGUGGUCGCCGAGGUCAAGGUCGAUGACGCGCCGCCCACCGAUGACGCGCCGCCCACCGAUGACGCCUUGCUGUACAUCUUGCUCGACGAGGUGUGCACGCUCGUGCCCGAGAACGCCAAGCUCAAAGCCAAGAUGGCCGCAGCGUUUGGCCCGUCGUUCACGUGCGAGCUCACGGAUGCGAUGCAAUCCUGGAUGGUCAACGCGGUCGGCACGCGCAAGGAGGUGCUGAGCAAGGGCGUGUACAAGCGCGGCAUGCAGUUUCGCGCGGCGCCCAAGCUCGAGGCCAACGACAGCGUGACGGAGGAGGACGAGCUCGGGAGCGACGCGAUCGAGAGCGACGAGAGCGACGACACGCGGACGUCGCGAUCGAAGCGCGCCAGAGCGGCGCCGACGCGGGCGACGACGGCGCGUCAGUCCAAGAGCGCAGCGGCGGCCAAGCUCAAGGCGUCCAUUUCGAGCGACGAGGCGUCGGCGAUUGAGAUUGAAGACGAGGUGUCCGCGAUUGAGAUUGACGACGACGAGUCGGCGGUCGAGGACGACGACGAGGAAGCAACGGCGCCCGCGACGACCGAACCCACGGACAAGGGCGACGGUGACGACGACGCGUCGAUGGGUGACGACGACGAGUGAGCGACGAUAAUAAUGUUGUCGUUGUCAUGGG